AUGUCUACGAAACCCAUUACAAGAGUUGCCAUUGUUGGGGCUACUGGCCGCAUAGGCGGAGCAUUCGCCCAGUCGCUUCUACAAACUGGCCAGCACACAGUCACAGCUCUUACCCGCGAAGAUAGCAAAGGAAAACUUCCCGAUGGGGUCCAAGUCGCCCGAGUUAAUUACGACGAUGAGGACUCGCUCAUCAAGGCUCUGAAUGGCCAGCAAUUCCUUGUUAUUACCCUUGGGGUGCGAGCCCCAGAAGAUCUCCAUGCUAGAAUUACCGCAGCUGCCGGAAAAGCCGGUGUUCACUAUAUCAUGCCAAAUGCGUAUGGGUACCCUAUCGGCUCCGGUGAUGUGAAAGAAGGAGAUUCAUACGGAAAGAUGACGCUCAGCCGAGUAAGCGAGGCUCAAAAUGGUGUCUCCUCCUCGGUGACACUGCCGUGCGGUUUCUGGUACGAAUGGAGCCUGGCAUGCGGCGAGCAAUGGUUUGGCUUCACGAUUAAAGACCGGAAGGUGACGUUUUUCGAUGAUGGCGCUCGUAUCGUUAGCAUCAGCACUUGGGACCAAUGUGGUCGCGCGCUGGCCGCUCUCCUCAGCCUGCCGGAGUCGGGAUCUACCCCCGCGCUUGCCGACUUCAAGAAUAAAGAUGUCCCGAUCAAUAGCUUCCGCCUCUCGCAACGCGAUAUGCUCGACAGUCUGCAUCGUGUCUUGGGAACCACAGACUCUGAUUGGGAGAUCACUCACGAGAGUGUUGCUAAGCGUCUUGCAGACGGUGCGGAGGAAUUGGCUAAGGGUGAUUUUAGGGGAUUUGCUAAGGUGCUUUAUGGGACUAUGUUCUCGUCAACCAACGAAAUGGGCGAUUUUGCUGGAAUAAUGGAAUUGGCAAAUGAUGUACUAGGACUGCCUAAAGAAGACUUGGAUGAAGCGACUAAGAGGGCGGUCGAUAUGGUGGCUGGAGGAUGGAAUCCGUUUGCUGAGGUCUAA